AUGAAUAGGUACACAACGAUCAAGCAGCUCGGGGAUGGAACCUACGGUUCCGUCCUGCUGGGAAGAAGCAUUGAGUCUGGGGAACUGAUUGCUAUUAAAAAAAUGAAAAGGAAGUUUUAUUCCUGGGAGGAAUGCAUGAACCUUCGUGAGGUUAAGUCUUUAAAGAAGCUCAACCAUGCCAAUAUAGUAAAAUUAAAAGAAGUUAUCAGGGAGAACGAUCAUCUUUAUUUCAUCUUUGAGUACAUGCAGGAAAAUCUCUACCAGCUCAUUAAAGAAAGAAAUAAGUUGUUUCCUGAGUCUGCUAUAAGGAACAUCAUGUUUCAGAUACUGCAAGGACUUGCAUUUAUUCACAAACACGGCUUCUUCCAUCGGGACUUAAAGCCUGAGAACCUGCUCUGCAUGGGACCAGAUCUUGUGAAAAUCGCCGACUUUGGAUUGGCCCGGGAAAUCCGAUCCAGACCUCCAUACACAGAUUACGUAUCUACCAGAUGGUACAGGGCCCCCGAAGUGCUCCUGAGGUCCACCAACUACAGCUCCCCCAUUGACAUCUGGGCCGUGGGCUGCAUCAUGGCCGAGGUGUACACCCUCAGGCCACUCUUCCCCGGGGCCAGUGAGAUCGACACAAUCUUCAAAAUUUGCCAAGUACUGGGGACCCCGAAAAAGACUGACUGGCCGGAAGGCUACCAACUUUCAAGUGCUAUGAACUUCCGCUGGCCCCAGUGCGUCCCCAAUAACUUGAAGACCCUGAUUCCCAAUGCUAGCAGCGAAGCAAUUCAGCUCCUGAGAGACCUGCUUCAGUGGGAUCCCAAGAAACGGCCAACAGCUAGUCAGGCGCUCCGAUAUCCUUACUUCCAGAUUGGGCAUCCCCUGGGCAGCACCACACAGAGCCUUCAGGAUUCCGGAAAACCACAGAAGGACAUCCUGGAAAAGGCAGGCCUACCGCCUCACAUUAAGCCGGUCCCUCCUGCCCAGCCCCCGACCAAGCCACACACGCGGAUUUCUUCGAGACAGCAUCAAGCCAGCCAGCCCCCUCAGCAUCUCAUGUACCCCUACAAAGCAGAGGCGCCCAGGACAGAGCACCCGAGCCACCUGCCGGAGGACAGGCCAAACCCCUUGCUCUUCCCAUCCCUCCACGCCAAGAAUCCUCCAGCGAAAAUCCUCGCUGGGCUGGAGCACAAGAACGGUGAGAUCAAGCCAAAGAGUAGGAGAAGGUGGGGUCUUGUUUCCAGGUCGACAAAGGAUUCCGAUGACUGGGCUGACUUGGAUGACUUGGAUUUCAGUCCAUCCCUCACCAGGAUUGACCUGAAAAACAAGAAGAGACAGAGCGACGAGACUCUCUGCAGGUUUGAGAGUGUUUUGGACCUGAAGCCCUCUGAGCCCAUGGGGACAGGAAACAGCGCCCCCACCCAGACUUCGUAUCAGAGGCGAGACACGCCGACCCUGAGAUCCUCGGCCAAGCAGCACUACUUGAAGCACUCCCGAUACUUGCCGGGCAUAAAUAUAAGGAAUGGCAUCCUCCCGACUCCGGGCAAGGACUUCAUUCCAUCUAACCCGUGGUCUAGUUCCGGUUUGUCAGGGAAGUCUUCAGGGACGGUGUCAGUAAUCAGCAAGAUAAAUUCAGUUGGUUCCGGCUCUACAAGUUCUAGUGGACUGACUGGAAACUACAUCCCUUCCUUUCUGAAAAAAGAAGUUGGUUCUGCUGUGCAGAGGGUACACUUGGCACCUAUUCCAGACCCUUCCCCUGGUUAUUCUUCCUUGAAGGCUGUGAGACCUCAUCCUGGACGGCCUUUCUUCCACACCCAGCCGAGGAGCACUCCUGGGCUGAUCCCGCGGCCUCCGGCUGCCCAGCCCGUGCACGGCCGGACCGACUGGGCUUCCAAGUACGCCUCUCGGCGAUGACAGUCGGGAUCCCUUCCGUAGGGGAAAGCAGGACCCUGUCCCUCCGCCAACUGGUGUUCUCCCUGCAAGAAACUUCCGGAUGGUGUAAAAGCAAACACACACUUUAUAGUUGUUCUUCUGAACUAAGACACUUCAAUAUUCUUU